AUGGGUGGACCCCCCCCGUCGACCCCGCCGCCCGAACUGAAACGGCACGCGCAGCUCACCCCUCGCCCGGCUUCCUCGCACCACGGACACCGUCGGCCCUCGGGUCCUCUGCGGCGACCACGCUGCCCCCACGGUCGGGGGCGCGAGGCGGCGGCGGCCGCCGCGCUGUUCAGCCGCGAGUGCCGGCCGAACCCCUCGCAGCUGGGCGCGCUGCGGGUCAUGCUGUGGGUCACCACCGCCUACUUCUUCCUGCCCUUCCUGUGCCUCAGCGUCCUCUACGGGCUCAUCGGGCGGGAGCUGUGGAGGAGCCGGGGGCCGCUGCGAGGCCCGGCGGCCUCCGGGCGGGAACGGGGCCACCGGCAGACGGUCCGAGUCCUGCUGGUGGUGGUUCUGUCAUUUAUAGUUUGCUGGUUGCCUUUCCACGUUGGCAGAAUCAUUUACAUAAACACGGAAGAUUCUCAGAUGAUGUACUUUUCUCAGUACUUUAACAUUGUUGCGUUGCAACUUUUCUAUCUAAGUGCAUCCAUUAACCCAAUCCUCUACAACCUCAUUUCAAAGAAGUAUAGAGCCGCGGCCUGGAAGCUACUUCAAGGGAGACAGCCGGCACAGAGAGGUUUCUGUAGGAACAGGAACACAGAGGGGACCACGGGAGGAGACUCGGCUGGCUACACCGAGACCAGCACUAGCCUGCGGACGCCUGCCGCUAGCGUGGCCAAGCAAGUCGCCUCCUCCCACAGUUCUGGGACUUCGGAGAAAACAGGAGGAGUCCUGGAAGAUCCUGCAUGGUAGAGAGAAGAUCCACUGGAGAGGGACAGCAGGGUGUGGCUUUCCGACGUGGACCUUCCUCCCCGGGGGCCGUAUCACGGAGACUCUCCCUGUACCCAGACAGAGCCCUGAACUGGCGUCCCUACAGGGAACUCUUUGAGCCUCCUCUCCUUUCUGCAAGCCACACCAUUUGUGUUGGGUGAGGAACAACCUUUGGGGAAAGGUUUUUCUUUCAUUCAUUCAAUUGGCAAAUAUUUACCAAAC